CUCUAGUACUGGACUCAACUAACAUCCCGUACCAACCUCUAGAUCUUCAAACGACGAACCAGUGUGGCGACUCAGUGACCUUUGUAUGGAGAAACAAUCUGGGCAUGAUUUAAUAAUACUCCAAUACCCCUACAAGAAUAUCUUUCUUGCCCUCUUUUUAUGCGACUUUGUAUCGACAUACAUACCUCCUCCAAACGCCCACUACUUACUCCCACCCCCGCCACGUAUAGCAUCACAAAGUAUAGCGGUCUGCGAACAAAGACAAAACAAAAUGACGACAAACGGUACCAAAACACCCCUCCGCAUCGUCGUAGGCUCAGACAAUGCCGGCCACGCCUACAAGACUGCUCUCAAGGAGACUCUCAAGAAACAUUCUGGUGUGACUCAAGUUCUCGACGUUGGCGUGGUGGCCGCCGAUGAUGCCACAGCAUACCCUCAUCUGGCGGUUGAUGCUUGUAAAAAGAUCAAAUCAGGAGAGGCCGACCGUGCACUCUUGAUCUGUGGAACCGGUCUGGGUGUCGCCAUCUCGGCCAACAAGGUCGAAGGCAUCCGUGCCGUCACCGCCCACGACCCGUACAGCGUCGAGCGGAGCGUCCUGUCCAACAACGCCCAGGUCCUGUGUUUCGGGCAGCGAGUCAUCGGCCUCGAGUUGGCCAAGAAGCUCGUCGACGAGUGGGUCGAGUUGAGGUUCGACGAAAAGAGCGCCUCGGCCGACAAGGUCGCCGAUAUUUCAAAGUACGAGCAACAGUUUGGAGAGCUAUAAGCGACCCAGAAAAAAAACACGAAUGGAGAUGAGACGACUUUUUUUGUUCAAUCCCCUGAAGUUUUUUUCCCGUUUCAUGUUCGCGUGUCAAUUUUCGACGUUUCCAUCUGCGUACCAUGACUACCCAGGUACCUUUUGGCAUGGAACCCUCCUUCGUCGUUCGAAGCCUCGCUGAGAGAUGCACGUGGAUUGGACAUUGGUCAAUGGGGGAAAUAUCGCAUCUUCGAAACCCCUUCAAGGGGAUGGCAAAGUUGGUGACCCAUAUGGAUAGCAUUAUCUGACCAUCAAAAAAGAAUAUACAAACACG